AACGAGCGUGCGCCAGGCCACGUGACAGCCGCAGCCCUCCCCCUCCGUGGCGGGCGGCGGGUGUUGCCGUUCCCCGUCCCCAGGGAGAAGCGCCGCUCUGUGGUGAGCUGGCGGUGAACGGCCGCUGAAAGCCGGCGUUAAGGGUGAUCUUCAUAGAAACUACUAAAGACUUCAAAGAACUGAUUUUAGGCAAAAUAAGUGAAAUAAAUUGUUCUGCUAAAGUAAAAUGGAUCCUUGUUCAGUUGGAGUUCAGCUUCAAGCUACCAAUGAAUGCCAUAAGACCUAUAUUACCCGUCACACUGGCUUCAAGACCAAGCAAGAUCUAUCUUCUUCUGACCUACUGUUACUUCAGCUUAGGACUGGAAUAACCCUUUCAGAGAACAAUACAAUCUGCUUCCACCAUGCAAAGAUUUACAUUGAAAGAUUUGAAGACUUACAAAAAUCAUGUUGCGAUCCCUUUAAUAUACACAGAAAACUAUCAAAGAAAAACUUACGUGCAAUUGACUUAGAUGACGCAGCUUUUCUAAGCGCCAAGUUUGGAAGACAGUUUGUACCUGGUUGGAAGCUUUGUCCCAAAUGUAUGCAGAUAAUAAACGGAAGCGUGGAUGUUGAAUCUGAAGAUCGCCAAAGAAGAAAACUUGAUUCAGAUGGGCGUACAGCUAAGGCUUUAAAGUCUCUACAGUUUGCUAAUCCAGGACGACAGACUGAAUUCACUCCUGAGACCAGUAAAAGGGAAAAAAGAAGACUGCAAACAAAAAUUGCAUCAUUUAAUUCAGACAGCUACACAUUGCAAAGGAAGAGUAAAUUAAGGGAUCAUUUCACAUCAUCUGAAAGGCAAGUUAUACCAGCGAAGAGUAAAGUCUACGAUAGCCAGGGUCUACUGCUGUACAGUGGAAUGGACCUGUGUGACUGUCUCGAUGAAGAUUGCCUGGGAUGUUUCUAUGCUUGUCCCAAGUGUAGCUCCACCAAGUGUGGAGCUGAAUGUCGCUGUGACCGCAAGUGGCUAUAUGAGCAAAUUGAGAUAGAAGGAGGAGAAAUAAUUAGAAAUAAACAUGUAGGUUAGCGUAUAUGCACAUCAUUUAUACUGAGUAUAUUCCUUGCUUUGAGUAAACACCACACAUUCACCAUUUAGUGGUUUAAUGAAAGCCAUUGGAAUUUAUCAUGAUCCACACGAUUAAUGCGCUUGCUUUCACAUUUAUUUUCAGUAUGAUUAUGGAGAUAUUCUUAAUCAUACUACUGUCUUUCCACACUUCGUUCCACCUUGUACUCAGUCUUGUUAGUCAUCUGAGUAGGUUCUCAUUGAAUAGUAUUUCACUGUAUUUAAGUAUAAGAUGCUAAAUUUUCAUGUGAGAUAUCCUAAGCCACUCACCAUAGUUUCAUAUACUGUUUUGUAUGGUGUACUGUCUCCACAUAUCCCUCAUUUUUCCUUCUGUAGUUCAGGAUUUCAUGGGUUUUUAAUCUGUUUUAUGUGGAAUGCUAAAAGUUCCCUGUGAAUAUACAUGCAGUAUUAAUAAAGGUGUCUCCAAGAUCAACAGCAAAUGCUGUAUCUUCUGUAGAUUAUCCCAGCUACCUCUGAUAAAUUCAACCCUGUCCACUUGAAUGGAUUCAAAGGCAUUUAGGAGUUCAGAUCCCAUGUGAGUACCUGGGAAUUGAGAUGAGGUUGUUCCUUAUGAAUUCAAGCCUUACUGUUAAAGUGCUAUUAAAUUGUCAAGGCAUUGAAAAAUUAUGUUAAAGUAUUUAGUUAUUGUACUGUUUUGUUGGUUUCUAUGUAACACAAUUGAAGUCAUUUUGCUGCAUUUAUCAGUAUGUAGCUGGACGGGAACUUAACAGUCCCCUCCCCUUUUUUUUUGCUUGUUUUUAAGGUAAAUAUUUACAUGCAGCUGAAACUAAUUUGAGUGUCUAUUCCCAAAUUAAGAGUAUCCAGACUACAAGAAAAAACACAGUUAAAGUGAAAUUAUAUUUGGUUGAUGCAAUAUCUGUUCUCAAAAUAUUAAAAUUUUACAAUAUAACUUUUAUUAAAAAAACACUUUAUAUUGAAAUCUGAGUAACAUUGAUACUCCUUAGUAUUUGUUGUGGUUUUGAGGUAUUUAGACUUGGAAACUAGCAUGUCUGUUAGGUCACAUUUAUUCCAGAAUACUGUUAAUGAUUGAUUUCUGAAGAUUUAUUUGAUAAAGCUUUAUAAUCUUGCUAUUUUACUUACAUAAUUUUCAUUCUGAGAAGUGUCAGGAAGGUUGCCUCGCUAAAAUUCAAAGCCAUGCUUUGAGUCGUACUGACAUCUGCUGGUCCUAGUAAAGUAUAAGUAUCAACUUAUACUACAUUUUUAUUAAAUCUGCUGCAAAAUUAAACACA